AUGCUUGUCGAUUCAGGAUUGAGCUUUGAGGAUGCACGAACAUUUGCCUGGGACACAAAUGCUGGACGGAUUUUUGCUGCUGGAAAGGCCAAAAUUCAGGGCAUUUUAUCAGUUGGUGGAUCGGCAAUAUCUGUUAAUUGCUUCUCUUAUGAAUCAGACCCCACCAUCCCGAUUGGACUCUCAGUAAUCGAUGGAGUCCUAGUUGUUGGUAAGGCCUCUGGAAAAGCUUUUGUAAUCGACCUGAGUAAUCUUUCUUUGAAGUAUGAAGUUCCUGUUGCCAGCAAUCUAAGUGUAUGCAAAAGCUAUCAAAAACAUAUGAUUUGUGGUGGCAAAGAUGUUCUUUUUUCACUUUGGAAUUUGGAAUGGCCUACUUCUCCUGUAUUUUCUGCAAAGAACGUUCGACCUGAUACGUUGGAUCUGGAGGUCCCCGUCUGGAUCUCUGAUGCCUCCUUUGUUGAAGGCUAUGAAGAUCGCCUCUUUAUGACCUCAUCAAAAUAUGGUGAUUUUUGCGUUUACGAUGUUCGCAGUGGUCAACGACGUCCUGUGUCUCGCUCAGCCUGGAGAGUGAGUCGAAAACAGGGCAAAAAGUCGGUCGGCACAGGUCGGUAUCCUGCGAUGCUUCGCGAUCUUGCUGUCACACGUCCCGUCACCCGCUGCGUUGCUUACACCUCUGCUCCAGGAGUUGGUCUGCGCGCGAUUGCUGGAAACGCCAUUGGCGACAUCUGUCUAUUGGAUUUCCGCGUGCCACACGCCAGCUUGGUAUUAGGUACAGUUGCCGAGUCGAGGCGCAAGGUUCGCUCAGUUGGUACGAGGGCUGCGGCACCGCCCGAGCGCGUUAAAGCCUACCAGCCUGCGGCGGGCGCGAUCACAGCACUGGUCUGCGGCGGUGCGGGCUGUGCGAACUUGCCGCACGCGAUGCCUCAUGCUGCCAUCAACAACCAGCCCGUGGUCGUCUCUGCUUCCAUCGAUCGAUUCCUUCGCGUCUAUCACCGCGACUCUGGUGAACUUUUGACCAAGAUCUUUACAAAAACUCCUAUCUCCACCUUCCUUAUCCGUGACUCGGCCAAAUUCCCCAUGAAAGUUUCUAGUAUGGAGGAAAAAGUGGAUGCAGAAGGAUUAGGGGAGGAGUCGGACGAACUUUGGGCUGGUAUGGAGACCCUGGAGUCCAAGGACGAACCGCCGAUGAAGAGGACAAGGAAAUGUGGAACCAACGCCCACUCGUGA